AUGCAGCCCCCCAUCAACAAGAGCAAUGUGCUUAAGGCUUUAACCCAUGAUCUCAAACCUAUUCCGAAAAAGUCUGACCGAUUCGAUGCGAUGCACCGACCCCCUCGUGAUGUGGUUCGAACCCAUCCUCGCCGCUUAGCCCCCGCUGAGGCGUCAUUAACUCAGCCUCCCAUGUCCAAGCCAUCGCCUGGCCAGCAAGCAAGUCCUUUGAUUAUCCCGGCAGUAUUGCCUCCGUCAGUUUCGCCUGUAGUAGAUGCUGCACUGCCAGAGUCAGCAAUGGUCACACCAUAUUCACGAAAAGGCGACAGUGAAAAUGCUCCGAAGCCUGCGAAAUCCAGCGACCCCCCCCUGGAGGAUAAAUCUGAAGCCCCUCGAGCUAUGCGCAAGCGCAAGACUGCUAUUGCCUCCCCUGACUUGACCGACGAUGGGAUUGCGGCCAGCGAUCUCAAGAGCAGUAAAGCAACCGGUGUGAAACGUCGACCAAGUACUACUACUCAAGGGAGGAACUCUGUCCCAGAUCACCCACGCAAAAAGGCUGAUGGCCCGAAAGGUGUCCAACACCCCACGUAA